UGUUGGUCGGUCAUACCGAGCGGUCGCGUCACCUGUGUGUAAUAGUUUAAUACAGUUUUAAACAAAAGCGUGUCAAUAAACUUUAGUUGUUCCCCUGUGAGUGAGACAGUGAUAUUGUUUGUUUCCAAGGUUCCGUGUACUUUGUCACCCUGGAUUUCAAUUUUGAUGAGCCCGUGGUGUGCGUGAUGCGCGCGCCGGCCGGUGGCGCGGGCGUGUCGUGCGCGGGAGUGCCGCGCUGGUCGCACAGCGCGCCCGCGCACCACGCCGUCUACGACCACACGCCGCCACAUGCGCAUCCCGUCUUCCUGCAUGACGACCACAUUAACAGUCGGUUUGCUAUAUGGCAAGGUGACAUAUCGUCGUUGGAGGUGGACGUGAUCACGAACACGACGGACGAGACGCUGACGGAGUGCAACGCGGUGAACGAGCGCAUCCUCCAGGCGGCCGGGCCCGAGCUCAAGGAGGAGAUCAUCACUAGAGGAUAUGAGUGCCGCACGGGUGAAGUAGUGCUGACCCCUGGGUUCGGGCUGCGAUGCCGCCACAUUAUCCACACAGUCAGCCCGAAGUACGUCGCCAAGUACCACACCGCGGCCGACACCUCGCUCCACAACUGCUACAGGAACGUGCUCUGCAAGGCGAGUGAGAUUGGCGCGCGUUCCCUGGCGCUGUGCGUCAUCAGCGCGCCGCACAAGCAGUUCCCACCAGACCUGGCCGCGCAUGUAGCAUUACGCACGAUCCGGCGCCACCUGGAGCAGCAGCGGCUGCCGGCGCUGGUGGUGCUGUCGUCGUCGUGCGGGCCGGACGUGGCGCUGCUGAGCGCGCUGGCGCCGCUGUACUUCCCGCGCAGCGCGCGCGAGGCCGACGCGGCGCGCUGGCGCCUGCCCGCCGACCUGCCGGGCCUCGCACCCAGCGACCGCCGGAUACGCAUCAUACACAACCCGCACUCCCAUAACUCUGAUACCGCCGAAGACGACACAUCGACAUACGACGAGGAGGCGGCUGUUGAAGCGGCGGCGGCGUUCGCCCGCGCAUGCGCACCGGACACGCAGCGCCUGCUCGCGCCCGCCAGCGCGCGCGUGCCCUACGAGAGGAGACCGCGCAUCGACAACACUGACCAAUAUGAGCGUCUCCUACGUCGUGCUCGUACAGAAGACCUGAGCGAGAUCUCUGGCAUCGGAUGCCUGUACCAGAGCGGAGUCGACCGCCUCGGCAGGCCCGUCGUCGUCUUCAUCGGCAAGUGGUUCCCUAUUGGAGAAAUCGAUUUAGAUAAGGCUCUUCUGUACCUGAUCAAGCUGUUGGACCCCAUCGUGCGCGGUGACUACGUCAUAGCUUACUUCCACACACUCGCCUCUUCCGCUAACCACCCUCCUUUCUGGUGGCUCAAGGAGGUCUACACCGUGCUGCCUUACAAAUUUAAGAAGAACCUGAAAGCAUUCUACAUUGUUCAUCCUACAUUUUGGACAAAGAUGAUGACGUGGUGGUUCACGACGUUCAUGGCGCCGGCCAUCAAGGCGAAGGUACACAAUUUGCCGGGCGUCGAGUACCUGUACUCCGUCAUGGCGCGCGACCAGCUCGACGUGCCCGCCUUCGUCACUGAGUAUGACAUGACGAUAAACGGUCUGCAUUACUUCCAACCGGACACGAGCAACACGUAAGCCGCGCCGCACCCUUGUGUAGCUGUACGUCGUGAUUGUUAUAGCAUGUCCGCGGCCGUUGCCAGCAUCUCCUUAUGAAUGUACCACGCUUUACUAGAACUUAUAUAGAACGAUCAUAGUGAGUCACGCUUAUAGCUGGGUUGACAGCUUCAAGCAAUGUUAGAAAACUUACAACUUACAAGUUUCAAAUAUUACUUGAAACUGCCAAGCGUUUGUAUAGGUAUAGAUGUCGUGAUUUUUACAGUUAUUCCUCAAAAGCGUGCGCCGGCUUCGUAUAACUAGUUACAUUAAUUAAUAUUAUUAAACAAAAAGCCGGCGGUAAAAAAUUUGCUUAAAUUUAAUAAUCGAUUCGUAGGAUUUCACAAAGAAAUGCUGGCAACAUUACAAUUCGAAUUCGAGUGAACGUUUUUAACGGAUAAACGCGAAUGUAUUCGAUUUUUAAAAGGCCCUUGUUAUAGUCUUUUAUGGAGUUUUUAUUCAAUGUUCUGUAGAAUCGGAAAACGAAUCUCGUUGACCAAAAUAUGUAGAAAAAAGAUAGAAUGGUUGUUGAAAAUUGAAGGAUUAAAUACAUGAGAGAAAGUUAAGAAAAUAUUUGUUGUUACUAAUGUAAAUUUCAGAUUCCUAUCAGUGACAUAUCAGAAAACUGUUGGGUCCAGGAUGGUCGUAGAAUUUAGAUGUUAGUUUGCGCCAAAAAUAUGGCGAGUGAUGUGAAAAUGUUAAAUUUCUAAAUAUAAAUUAAACUUCGCUGACCAAAAGAUUGUAAAAAUAACUGUAACAUUUUCGAACAUUGAAUAAAAACUCUAUAAGAAGAGGUUAAAUUGUUGAGAAUAUAUCUUGUAAUCUAGUAUUAGCGGUGCAUUUUUAUAUUAUUUAAUUAUAAUAUUAAUUGUAAGAGAUAUUAUCGACCGUUAGAUGUUCUGUCUGUAUUUUAACUCUUGCAACCCCGAUUUUCUAUACCACCUGUAUGGUACCUACUUAGAAUGUAUAUUUUUGUCUGUGUAUUAUGUUGUUAAGGACGUUGCUAUUUCUAGUUUAAUUAUAUUAAAAUUAUAUUUUCAUAAAAUAAUGAAAUAAACCGACAUUUUAUUGAUGUAUAACCUUUCUACUUAAAUGUAUCUUGAUGCUUACUUGCUUUGGGUGACUUCUGCAUGAAGAGAACGAUUUUCAGAAUAACACUAAAAAGUUUUAAUCAAUAUGUGGCUUGGCUUGGUAAUGAACAUCUCGACUUUAUUUAGAAAGAGAGAGAAUAUCGUUGGAUGACAAUGAGAGCCCGAUACCUUGUUCUAUCUCUUUCUCUUGAGGGUAUACUUCCACUUGUAUUAAUGGAGCUUGUUUAAUAUUAGGGGUGUCAACUGUUUAUAGUUUUAAAUUCGAAUUCAAUGUAGUAAUUCUCCGUUUCUGACGUAGAUAUUUUCGUUCACAGGACACAGCCCCCAUUUACUGUAACUUUACUGUUCAAGUGACAGGGUAUUCGUUUAGCGAGUAGCAAAGAAACUUUAUUUUUGAAUUUAAAAGAAGUCAUGUAGAUUCGGAAUCAUUUAGAAAGUUACAUAAAACGGCGCCCAUUCUGUAACAUUAGAAAACAAUUAAUUUUUACAUAAAGGUGCUUAAUAAUUUUUGCAUAGAGAUUUUUAUUUUUUACAUACAUAGUUUUAAAUAGGCUUAUAAAAGAUACAUAUUGUUAGAUUAUUGUAAAUAUGUAUGCUGUUGAAAUUUUUUGCGAAAUCAUUCACUCAUCUCGCACUACGGUAAUGUAGAUUUUUAUAUUACAUUGUAUGAGAAAGUGCGUUUGUAUCAUCGGAUACGUUUUGAAGUGUAUAAUUCAUUGGCACUUUUAAAAUAUUUCGUAGAUAUGUGUCAAAAAUCUACAGAUAGAAUAGGUAGAUAGCAGCUUUGGAACACUGCCUAAAAUUUAAAUUCAAGUAUUAUUAAAGUUGCUGCAACUGCCUAAAUUGUGUAAAAAUAUGUAAGGGAAAGGAAGGUGUGUUAUAUUAUAAUGUCAUUACGACCGCACUUUCUCAGACCGGAUCGAGAGCCAUCAGUGUUGGAGUCGUGGGCUUGCCACGUAAUUAUUUAAAUAAAAGCUGUCCCAACAGCCCCUUUACGUGUUUGUAGGGUUUUGAACUGCACGAAUGUUAGAAGUUGUUGGCAUAGCCCUUAUAGUGUUGCCAACGUUGAUAAAUACACUGCCACUCGCAAGUAGCGGCAUAGCGACACGCCUCGCGAUGUAUUAUAGUGUUCACGAAGACGUAGCCUUUGAAUAUAACAACUUGUAAAAUAUUUUUAUAAUUAAAAACAUUUUUACAGCAGGUUACUCGUUCCACGAAACAUUUGUUAGAUUUGUGAGGAGUAGUUCGGGUCGUGUUACUGUAGUAGAUUUGCCAAUUACCUCAUAUUUAUAAUAAUGUUCUUCUAUAUUGUUAAAUAUGCUGUUGUUAAAUUUAAAUAGGAACAAAUGUAACAUUUAUAAAUAAAUAUUUAUAUAUCACGUAGUUUGGAUGUGGCAAAGUUGAGUUUCGUGGAACAGCUUUUUUCAUUUGUAAAACUAUUGUGCCACCAUAUUUCAAUCAAUUUUUAAAUAAUAGUGUCCGGUAGACUGUGGUCCUUGUCUGAGAGACCAGUAAUGCGGUAGGGAUAUUUAUCUCUAAUAUCUGAUUCAUAAAGUAUUAUUGUAAGUAAAGCUACCGCACUGCGCAAUGGACCUUGGGAAACGACUGAUUUGCGCGGAUCGGGCAUGGAUGUGCUGGUGUGAAUCUUAAUGUAUGUUGGGAAAUAAAUAAAACGUUGCAAUUUUUAAUACAGUUAUAUUUGUAAGUGAUCUUUCUGAAGAAAUAUUUUAGUCUUCAAUAUUAAUCAAUGAUUAUAUAAAGCAAUGUAGACGGUGUGUUAUUGAUGUAGUUGUAUUUAAUAUGCGAUGAAGAGAAAUUGUUUUUGCCAAGUUUCGCUAGAUGGCGCUAGUACAUGGUUUGGGGUUACUACAUUAAUCU